AAGAGUCCUUAUUGACACUGGGGAGCCAUCUACUCCUGAAUAUAUUGGCUGUUUAAAGCAGGCACUGUCAGAGUUCAACAUCUCAAUUCAAGAAAUUUUAGUGACACACUGGCAUCGUGAUCAUGUUGGUGGAAUACCUGAUAUCUGCAAAAACAUCCCUAGCGACUCUGAAUAUCGCAUCUGUAAGCUUCCUCGUGCCCCUCACCAUGAAGAAAUAAUAGAAGGAGGACAUAAGUAUGUUUAUCUUAAAGAGGGAGAUGUGAUACAGACAGAGGGAGCCACGCUCAGAAUUUUAUAUACGCCUGGACACACUGAUGAUCAUAUGGCUUUACAUCUAGAAGAAGAAAAUGCUCUGUUUUCCGGUGACUGUAUUUUAGGGGAAGGAACAACAGUAAUUGAAGACCUGUAUGAUUACAUGAAAACUUUGAAAAGGUUGUUACAAAUGAAACUAGAUUUAAUAUAUCCAGGUCAUGGCCCAGUAAUACGUGAUGCAAAUGUUAGAAUCCAAAACUACAUUUCUCACCGAAUUGCACGUGAACAGCAAAUUCUAAAUGUUUUCCAGAAGAACGCUGGAAAGUCAUAUACAUCCUCGGAGCUUGUAAAGAUAGUAUACAAGGAGAUCCCUGAAAAUUUACUUCUAGCAGCAGAAGUUAACCUCCUAGUCCACUUGAAGAAGUUGGAAAAAGAAGGAAAAGUGUUACAUGAGGCGUCUCCCAACUUCAGAUGGAGAAACAAUUUAUAAGUUAUGCAAGAUUGCUCAAGGAUUUUUUAAUCUGCACAGUUGCUGCAUCAAAAAAUAUAAUGAUGAGCUCAGAAGAUACAUUAAAUAAAAACUAAUUCUUCAUUCUUUUUUUUAAAAAAGUGGUAACACAAUUUUAAAG